AUGGCGGCCAUUGGAUCCAUGGUGUUCUGCACCGACUGCGGAAAUUUGCUUCCGGCGACCAAGGGAACCGAGCAGAAUGUGCUGAGCUGCGAGUGCUGUAGCGCCGAAAAUAAAGAUACUGGCGCAAAGAUCAUCGUCACAAAGUCGAAGCCCUCGGAUUUCCCUUCUUUCCUGCGGCAAAAGCUGCAGUCCAGCGUCCAGGCCGUCGAGAAGCACACGCUCAACACCGAGAGCACGGUUCGCGAGCGAUGUCCAAACUGCGGUCGAGAAGAAGUCAAAUACACCACGGUACAGCUGCGAAGUGCCGACGAAGGCUCAACCGUCAUCUAUAACUGCGAGUGUGGAUUCAGCUGGAACGAAAACAAUUAA